AUGAGGCCCAACUUCAUUUUUAAUUUUUGCAUUUUAAGCGCGCUGCUCGCUUCGCAACCACGACGACUAAUUUUUGCUAAAGCCAAUGAGCUAAAACAAGUCGUACCAACUCAGGAUCUCGUAACAUGGGAUCAGUACUCUCUUCUUGUCCGCGGUGAGCGCAUCAUACUGUUGUCCGGUGAAUUUCACCCGUUCCGACUACCAUCUCCGGGCCUCUGGCUAGACAUCUUCCAAAAGGUGCGUGCGUUGGGGUACUCGGCUGUUUCGUUCUAUCUCGACUGGGCACUCAUCGAGCAUGAACGCGGCAAAGUCCGCAUCGAAGGCGUCUUUGAUCUGGAUGAGUUCUUCGCCGCCGCUGGACAGGCAGGCGUCUACCUGAUUGCUCGCCCUGGACCAUAUAUCAAUUCUGAAGUCUCUGGCGGUGGCUUCCCGGGAUGGCUCUCACGCCUGCCAGGGCGACUGCGAUCAACGGAUGCGGACUAUCUCGACGCCAUCACUCCAUACAUCAAGGCUACCGGUGAGAGAAUUUCCAGCGCGCAGAUCACGAACGGUGGACCCGUGAUUCUCUUCCAACCUGAAAAUGAAUAUACUUUAUGCCUGAAUACGACCGAGUACACGCAGAUCAACAAUAUGACCCUGGAUGGUAUCGACUCGUCGUGUCUUGACAAAGAAUACAUGGCAUAUGUGCAGAAAGAAUAUCGCAAAGCGGGAAUUACGGUUCCUUAUAUUAUCAAUGACGCUUUUUCCGUCGGAAACUUCGGUCCUGGAACUGGUGUUGGGGCCGGUGAUAUCUACAGCUUUGAUUCUUAUCCAUUGGGAUGGGCUUUUGCACCGCCGGAUGCGUCGGACUGGUCUGCUUUGCUUAAUCCAUUGAGUAUGUACAACUUCACGAUCCAUAGCAGGAUUGCCCCUGGGUCGCCCAUGUCAAUCUCUGAGUUUCAGGGAGGGGUGCCGGAUCCCUGGGGAGGGCCUGGUGUGGAACAAGCCGCUUCUUACAUCAAUGCCGAGUUCGCCCGCGUCUUCUAUAAAUUAAACUAUGGCUUUCGAACUGCCAUACAGAAUAUCUACAUGUUAUUUGGAGGGACGAACUGGGGCAAUCUAGGCCAUCCCGGCGGUCACACCUCGUACGAUGUUGGGGCAGGAAUCUCUGAAAAUCGCCUUGUUCAUCGGGAGAAAUACAGCGAAAUGAAGCUUCAAGCCGCCUUCUUACAAGCAUCACCUAGCUAUCUACUAUCCCAGCCCGAUAACGGUACAUCCGGUGUUCACACUGAUACUCGUGCCCUUGUGGUGACACGACUGACUGGGUCACCGACCGACCUCUAUAUCGUCCGCCACAGCGAUAUGACAUCAAUUGAUCGCAUCUCGUAUCGUCUCCGCGUGUCAUCUAGUAUUGGAAACUUGAUUCUUCCCCAAAUGGGAGGACGGCUCAGCCUGAAUGGCCGAGAUUCCAAGUUCCAUGUGGUAGACUACGAUGUCGGUGGUAUUAAUCUGAUAUACUCCACCGCAGAGAUAUUUACCUGGAAGAAGUCGAGCGAACGAAUAACGCUAGUGCUUUAUGGAGGUGAACAUGAACUUCAUGAGUUUGCUUUGCCCAUUGAAUUUGGUGCCCACCGUCAUGUCGAGGGAAAGGGCGUAGAAGUUCACCUCACCAAGUCCGCGAUUGUUGUGCAAUGGUAUGUUCAGCCUGGGCGCAGAGUUAUUACAUUCGGCGAUGGCUUGGAGAUUCAUCUGCUCUGGAGAAACGAAGCCUAUAAUUACUGGGUUCUGGAUUUACCUAUUCCAGGGACCUUAGGCCUCUAUUCCUCGCCAUCCAGAGCCGAUAAAUCUGUUAUUGUGAAGGGUGGGUAUCUACUUCGCAACGCAAGUAUUUCCGGCCAAAUACUUCGUUUAAAUGGCGAUAUCAACUCUACGACUGAGAUAGAAGUUAUUUCUGCACCUACUAGAAUCACCGGGCUGGAAUUUAAUGGACGAGCCAUCAAAACAUCCUUGCGAUCACAUCGCACUGUGGGAAUUGUGGAUUACGACCCACCGUCACUUAAUCUUCCCGACCUGGAAUCUCUAGAGUGGCGGUACAUCGAUUCUCUCCCCGAAUUAGAUGCUUUCUUCGAUGACAGGGAUUGGACACCCUGUAAGCAAGCCAGUACACACAACACUCGGAACCUGUCUACUCCGACGUCACUAUACGCUGGCGACUAUGGCUACCACACAGGCUCAUUGUUGUACCGCGGAUCAUUCAUCGCAGACGGGUCCGAGUCAUUCAUAUAUCUUCUCACAGAAGGCGGCUACGCAUAUGGCCAUUCUGUCUGGCUGAACUCGACUUACUUAGGGUCCUGGUCCGGUACUGACGCAGAAAUGUUCCACAAUCAGACUCUUGCUUUUCCCGAGGAGCUCAAAGCUAACUGUCCGUACGUUCUCACUAUAUUAAUUGAUCACAUGGGCCUCGAUCUGAACUUUGUCACAAAUGUCCAAACAAUGAAAGAUCCAAGAGGUAUCAUGGACUUCGAAUGGAGCCGCGAUAAAUCAGAUAUCUCCUGGAAGAUGACCGGCAACCUAGGGGGGGGAGAAAUACCACGACAUCAGCCACAGGGCCUGCAUCUCCCCGGGGCGCCCAUUCAUAACUGGAAGAAAAAGUCGCCAUUGGACGGGAUUUCAAAGCCCGGGGUUGGAUUCUUCGUUGCCCAGUUCGGGCUGAACAUACCCCAAGGAUACGAUGUUCCCAUGAGUGUUGUUUUCACAAACUCAACUAAACAGGCUUCUUCGACGCCAUAUACCUUCCGGUCUCAACUGUUUGUGAAUGGGUGGCAGUUUGGUAAAUACGUGAACCACAUUGGACCACAGAUAAGGUUUCCAGUUCCUGAAGGUAUAUUGAAUUACAAUGGCAUCAAUACUAUUGCCAUCAGUAUAUGGUCAAUGGAUGCUGGGUCUGUAAAGCUGGAUGGAAUCCAUCUGGAGAGCGACGCAGUUCUACUAAGUGGAUACGUGAAACCAUCGUUUGUGGAAGCGGAGGGAUAUAGAGAGCGAGACAUGGCAAACUAA